AUGAGCUCCGACGAUACCUCGCCGCAGGCAGGCCAGAAAUAUAACAGCAAUUCCUCAAACGACUCCCCCCGAGCCCUCAACACCGCGGUCGCGAAUUAUAACAAGCUCUAUGCCCGACCAGAGUCAAUUGUGAAACCUGAUCUUUUCACAUUGUACUUUGGAUUUUUCGGCACAGCAGCCUGGUCACGAAGGGCCGCGGGCACAGUGAACGAGCGAGUGGAGAACCACUACGUGCUAACGGCACGAUCCCCGACCCAAGAUGAAUUCGAUGCAAUUGUUGAGCACGGAACGCGAUGCCUGUACCAGGGGCGGAUGGGGUUACCCAUAAGCUCAUUCCUCGGAACAGCGUUUCUCUACAACCAAGCACGCAAGUCGCCAAUGUUCCCGCGCAAUCCCACGCCAGCGUCACUGUUAAGCACGGUGCGUACCAUGUGGAGCGAUGUCGGCUUGAGAGGCAACAUCACAUCAGCGGCAUUCAAAAUGGUCUUUAUCAUUACUCUCGGCACCAUGGCAUCGAGCGCUUACGCCGUUUCCAAUGAUGCCAUGCACAUGUUGACGGACCCGCGACUGAAAGGGUUUAUCGAGGACGUGCGCAAGGCGAAACCCGAAGACGUGCGCAAGCGCAAGAUCCAGGCCGCUAAUGCGCGCCUCCGCGGCAUGCGAAGUGGUGAGCAAGAUGUCGGCUCCCAGAUGCGACAGGCCAUCGGCACGCCUGGUGAUUAUGCAGGCGGCGACGGGUACGAGCAGGAGCAGGCGUCUGAUUCUCCCGCGCAACCAAAUUCUUAUUCUGAAUACGUGAACUCCAAUGAUACCCAGGGGAGCUCUCAGUCUGCUUCAUAUGAGUCGUCUAAAUCGGAUUCGAAUGGUGGUGCAGUCUGGGCACGCGGCAGGAGCACUCAACCCGAGUCAAAAUCGUCCUUGGAUUUCAUGGAUGAGGAUGAUGCUAGCCCUACAGCUGCGGAAUAUCGGAAUACAAACAUUGAUGGAUCACCGACUACUGGCAGUGCUUGGGAUCGGAUCAGACGACAGAAUGCCGGAGCACGCUCCCAGCCUCGACAGCAGCCCGGCAUGGCACAGCCUUCACUGAACCCUUACUCUUCCUCCGCUGAGUUCGGCCAGAGCGAUCAAGAAAAGUAUGACACCACUCAGAAGACUGAGAGGGAUCAAGCACAGGCAGAGUUUGAUCGGAUGAUUGAGGCGGAGAGGAACGUUGGUAGUGAAGGAUCAUCUCGAAACCGAGGUUGGGGAUCUUGA